GCCGGGGCGGUUAAUUGGAUUCGGGAGGGAGGGGGCAUGGCAGCUACUGCAGGGGCCAAUCGAAGGCCUAGAAGGCCCCGUAUGCAAAUAUGAGGGUCGGGUAGACCCAAAGUUAGGGCAAGCGAGGGUUGGGGUUGGGGCUGUCGGGCAGCCAAUGGGAGCGUUACUCCUUCAUCCUUCGAGGAGGGGGCCGGCAGGUGUGGUUGCAAGCUGGACUAGCAGCCCAGCGGGGCGAGACGGGGGAGUAGGAAUCGCUGGGGCCUGGUAUUUCCCCAGAGCCUCCUCCCAGGCCAGGGAGAUGCCACGGUGCCGGACUUUGGAAAGCCAGCAAGGGGCAAACUCCGAAGAGAAGGGGGACAGUUCCAUAGAAGAUCCAAAAGAAACCAUCGCACUGGCUUUUGUGAGAGUGAACCCAGGGUCACAAAACAGACUUCAGAAUGCCCAGCAGCAAGGCAAGAAGAAGAGGAAGAAAAAGAGGAUGCCUUUAAAAAAAUAGCAGGAAGAGAAGAUUUCCUUGUUUUAAGAAGGCACUUAUUUGUCCUGGAAAUUUAGUACACCUUCAAUAUGAUAGCACCAUACUGACUUAUCAGGAUCCAACUGCAGCUUGUGCAUUCCGGUUCUUGUUUAAUAUUUCACCAUGCCUUGCUCCAUUCAGACUGAUUGAUGAAGAAAAGCUUGUCCACUUUCUUAUUCAUAGCUUCCCUUAAUGGGGGAAGAGGAAGGAGACAAGUAUUUUGGCCAAAAAGAUGUUCAAUUCCUGUCCCUGAAGAGCCAGUGGAGUAAAAGGCUUGAGGCAAUAUGUUAGUGAGAAGAUGCAAGCAAGAUUAGCUGUAAUGGCAACACAGAAUUUCUACCUUCCGGGCAGAGUAAUAGUACCCUGAUGCCAUAUUUUCCACCAUGCUGUACCCCUUUGGACUCGUGUCUUCAGCAACAGGGAUGGUCAAACCAGGCUUAGCAUGGCAGGCUAGAUUUUAGAGAGCUCCACCUGGGACAGGAUGUUUCUGGGCACAGUCACUUGUUCUGGCAAAUGUGUUUCUGUCUUGCUGCUUUCCUUUUUCUCUUUUCCAGAUGAUUGGUGAUCAAUCUAUCCAGCUGCCGGUAUGAGAGUGUGCGCAGGGCCGCCCAACAGUACGGCCUUAGAGAGGGAGGGGAAAACGAUGACUGGACUCUCUAUUGGACAGAUUACUCAGUAUCACUGGAGCGGGUGAUGGAAAUGAAAAGUUACCAGAAGAUCAAUCACUUUCCCGGGAUGAGUGAAAUCUGCCGGAAGGACUUGCUGGCCAGGAAUAUGAGCCGCAUGUUAAAGAUGUUCCCUAAAGAUUUCCACUUUUUCCCUAGGACCUGGUGUCUUCCUGCUGACUGGGGAGAUUUGCAGACCUACAGCAGGUCAAGAAAAAAGAAGACAUACAUUUGUAAGCCGGAUUCAGGCUGCCAAGGGAAAGGUAUAUUCAUCACCCGGACAGUGAAAGAAAUCAAACCAGGGGAGGAUAUGAUCUGUCAGCUCUAUAUUUCAAAGCCCUUUAUCAUUGAUGGGUUUAAGUUUGACCUACGGAUUUAUGUACUGGUGACAUCCUGUGACCCUCUCAGGAUUUUUGUAUACAAUGAAGGACUGGCCCGCUUUGCGACGACCUCUUACUCCCGCCCUUGCACAGACAACCUGGACGAUAUCUGCAUGCACCUGACUAAUUAUUCCAUUAAUAAGCACAGUUCAAAUUUCAGUCGAGACGCUCACUGUGGCAGUAAGAGGAAGCUCUCCUCCUUCAAUGCAUACAUGGAGGACCACAGCUACAAUGUGGAGCAGAUAUGGAGGGAUAUUGAGGACGUCAUCAUCAAGACCCUCAUCUCGGCGCACCCCAUCAUCAGGCAUAACUACCACACCUGCUUCCCCAGCCACACACUCAGCAGCGCCUGCUUUGAGGUCCUGGGCUUCGACAUUUUGUUGGACCACAGACUCAAACCCUGGCUGCUGGAGGUCAACCACUCUCCAAGCUUCUCCACCGACUCUCGGUUGGAUAAAGAGGUGAAAGAUGGUCUGUUGUAUGACACUUUGGUCCUGAUCAACCUGGAAAGUUGUGACAAGAAGAAAGUCUUGGAGGAGGAGAGACAACGGGGGCAGUUCCUGCAGCAGUGUUGUUCUCGAGAGAUGAGGAUUGAGGAAGUCAGGGGUUUCCAGGCCAUGCAGUUAAAGAAAACUGAAACAUAUGAGAAGGAAAACUGUGGAGGGUUCCGACUGAUUUAUCCCAGUCUGAAUUCGGAGAAGUAUGAGAAGUUUUUCCAGGACAACAACUCCCUCUUCCAAAAUACUGUUGCUUCCAGGGCUCGGGAGGAGUAUGCCCGGCAGCUGAUCCAGGAGCUGAGACUAAAACGGGAGAAAAAGCCCUUCCAAAUGAAGAAGAAGGUAGAGAUGCAGGGGGAAUCGGCAAGCGAGCAAGUGAGAAAGAAGGGCGUGAGGGGCUGGCAACAGAAACAGCAGCAGAAAGACAAGGCUGCCACCCAAGCCUCCAAACAGUACAUCCAGCCAUUGACAUUAGCGUCCUACACACCUGACUUGCUCUUGAGUGUCCAAGAUGAAAGGAAAAAUGAAACAGAAAACAGCUUCCACGAGGAAGCCCCCAUGAAGGAGGCCGGCCCUGUUUCCCCCAAGCUGACAUCUGCGAGGCCCUCCAGUUCUGUACCAGACCUGAGGAAUAUCAGUCUCAGCAGCUCCGAGUUGGAGCCCAGUAAACCAAACUUCAGCAUAAAGGAGGCCAAGUCUGCCUCUGCAGUGAACGUUUUCGCUGGCACUGUGAAUCCAACUGGAUCUCUGCCACUUUUCUCUUCCUACCUCUCAACUUGCAGGAAAAGGUUUGUCUCUUCCGACAGUGUCUCCAGUGUUCACAGACUCAACUGAAGUUUUGUUUCCUCAUCUAGAUAUCCUUGUCUUCCAUUAGCUCCUAUUAGCAGUACUGUGGCCAACAGCCCUGCCUUUGUGCCCUCCCAGUUAGCUUACAGGACCACGAUUUCUGGGGUUGGAUUGGUGCUGCCCCAGGACAUACCCCAGUUGCCCUACCAGUGGCACUUCUCUGGGUUCCUCAUAUGUUACCAUCAUCCAGAAUACUCCCCCAGAUAAAGCAACUUGGGGUGUAGUGUUUCAGAGAAGGACUCAUGAUUUCCAGGAGUCAAAAGCCCUCAGUCCACCAACAGAACUAUGCCAGUUGGUCUUCAUCUCCAGGAUAAAAGAUGAGGUCAGGGAUGGGCAUGGUGCAUAACUCUGAGCCCUGAGUGAGAGAACUGAGGCAGCUGCAACUUCACAAGGUCAAGGCCCGACCUCUGCCCAUCCCCACCUGCCCAAAGACUUGCCACCUCAGUGCCUGAGCAUCUUCUGGCGACCUCCCUCAGCAGCCCAACUUAAUCUCACCAGUGAAAACAGAGGUGAGGCGAGAGUACCCAGCCUGAAGAUGCUUCUUCUAUCAACCUGCAGAAAUGUUACACUUUCCCUUUAGGCAUCCAUUAAUAAAAGAAAUUGCCAUGCUUAAUGCCA